CUGGCAGGCUCAUCAUAUUCUUGCGUGUCUUCCAGGUGCUACUAGUUGCAAUAGUGUCAGGCUGACGGGUGGUGCGUGUCCUCUUAAAAUGAACAGACACGACAGACUUGCUGGAGUCGUGCCUCUGAAUCCUUCGGGUUCUUUUUCGGGCCCUUUUCACUAGCCGACUUCCCGACGGCUUAAGGAUGGGCCGGUCACAAUCCAUAUAAGAACGAAGAUCUGGGCUGAGCCAGAGUGGCAGACACAAGUUCUGCUCUCCCGGCCGUGAAAUCUUAACACCGUGCAUACCUUAGUUACUCAGCACAAUGUCCGCGUCCAACGACAAACUCACAAUCCUCAUAACUGGGUGUUCCCCAGGCGGAAUGGGGGCAGCCCUUGCCGAGGUUUUCCAUCAUGCAGGACACCGAGUCUUCGCAACAGCGCGGAACCCGUCCAAGCUGUCGCCCCUCGCCGAGCAGGGCAUUGAAACGCUGACAUUAGACGUGACAUCGCCGCCGUCCAUCGCCGCUGCGGUCUCCUCGCUCACGGCGGCCCUCCCGCCCGACCAAGGCCUGGACAUGCUCAUCAACAACGCAGCAGGCAGCUACUCGAUGCCCAUCGCCGACAUCUCGCUUGACGCCGCGCGCGAUCUCUUCAACCUGAACGUCUGGGCGCACAUCGCCGUCACCCAGGCGCUCCUCCCACUCCUCCUCCGCCGUUCCACUACUACUACUAGUACCAUUUCCACUGCAGCAACAUUCCAGCCCAUGGUUGUAAACCACACCUCGGUCGGCUCCGUCGCCGCCCUGCCCUUCCAGGGUGUCUAUAACGCCUCCAAGGCUGCCCUGGCCAUGCUCACCGCCACCAUGCGCAUGGAGCUGGCGCCGUUUGGGAUCCGUGUCGUGGACCUCAAGACAGCCGGCGUCAAGACGAAUAUCAUCAGCAACAACAACGUCAAUAACCCUGCUGCGGGCAAUGGUGGCCGGUUACCGGAGGGGUCAAUCUACGCGCCCGCCAGGGAGGUGGUGGAGAGGGCGAUGAGUCAGGAGGAGUUGAGGGGGGUUGGGAUUACGGCUGAGCAGUGGGCCAAGGAGGUCGCCGGGCUGUUGUUGGGGAAGAAUCCGCCGGCAGUGAUCUGGAAGGGGGAGAGUGCGACGGUGGCGAGGGUGGCAAGUGCGAUGCCGUGUAACCUGUUUGAGGGACCGAUUAAGAAGAUGACUAGGAUGGAUCGUGUGGAGGAGAUUAUUAGGGAGAGCAGGGCGAAUGGAGAGGCGUGACAAGAUGAGGUUGGGAUUAGAGGGUGUAAGAUGGCAUGUACGUACAUUAUUACUACUUGAAAGCAAUCUGUUGAUUAGAUGAUGUGUUACUCUUCACUCUAUUCUAUAGAUACCUC